AUGGGGGCUGAUAUCAGCACCAGCGUCAAGAAUACGAUGCGAACGCGAUGGUGGUUCCCGAUCCGCAACGGCACAUACUCUCUGAUAUACGACGGAGGGAUAUGCCCGCCGUGUAUGGAAGCUAGGCUAGCGCUACCGCAAAGCAAUCGCCAAGACGCAAGCAGGUGUCGCGGGACCCUGAACAAGAGGAUCGUGCAUGUUCCAACAACAGACUAA